AUUAGUUGCGUGUUCCUCCCUAACAACGGUGCCUACUUCGUAGCCUAUAUUAUUAUAGCGACGUUCGUUUGGUCGCCAUUGGAGUUGCUACGGUUACGGCAGCUAGCUAUAUAUAUCUAUAGACGAAUCAGAGCAAAGACUAAACUGGAGAAGCGACAGAUUAUCAGAGAAUAUGAUUUUAAGUUUGGCACUAAAUAUGCCUCUAACCUCAUCAUAUUCACAAUGACGUCUGCAUUAAGUCUGACCACACCUCUCGUCGUACCAUUUGGAGCUUUGUUUUUUGGCAUCAAGUACCUGAUUGACAAGUAUAACCUGUUAUACGGGUAUAAACCAGUUUAUGUGAGUGGACGACAGUACCUUCACAAGUCGGCCAUGAAACUGGUGAUGGUGGGCGUGGUCUUUGUUCAAUUUGUGACUCUCUUUUAUUCAGUUGUGAGAGAAGGUUCCGUAUCUGCUAGAUCAAUAGUUCUUUUAGUGCUACUGAUAGUCACUGGUUUACUGUUAUUCGGACUGUUGGUCCUUGGAUGGUUCUCUUAUCUUUUACCAAAAAUAAGAAUUAAAAUGGGACAGGAAUACUCUAUAUUUGGUUUGAACGAAGAGGAGGAAGACAGAAUAGUAGAGCCUGGUGAGUAUGUCGCUCCUGUGUUAAUGGCUACUGGUGAUGAGAUACCUGGAGAUACUGUAGAGCAGCAUUUGGAUAGAGAAGGGGAAGGAAAAGGAGGUGUGGCUCAAAGUUACGAGUCAUUUGGUAGAACUAUUGCUGGAGGUCAGAUAAAGUUGAGUCCAAGUAGAAGGAGUGAUGCUAAAGGGACUAGGGAGAAGGAGCGACCACCAUCACUUGUUGUUGAAGAAGAGGGUGAUGACAUUGAAAAUGAAAUCAAAGACAAUUAAACAAUUACAUAUAAGAACUCACUGCCAAUUGUUAUCAUUAUUAUUGCAUAUUAAACUGAAUUGUUAACUAAGUUUUGUUAAUGUGAUUGUAGCCAUUUUACUUUAUUAUUGUGCAUUAUACAUGAUCUUGUAUUACUACUUCAUGUGUAACUAUUUUGACUUUUGUUAUUAUUAAAAUUUGUAGGUCUUAUUCUCUUUAACUAAA